AUGGAAGAAUAUAAGCAGGAACUAAAACUUGUGAAAGAAGAGUUAGAAACUGUAGAGGUACAGCUAGAAGAUAUUCUUCAACGUCAAAGUGACUUAUUAACAAGGAGAGAUGAACUUGAAGCCAUUUUGAAACAGAAUGAAUCAAAGUCUGAGGUACACAACAAGGAUUGGGAGAAAAAAGAUUUUCAGUGGUCAGAAAGGCUUCAAGACGAGAUGAAAUCAGUGUUUGGUUUGGACAAUUUGAGACCCAUGCAGUUACAAACAAUGAAUGUUACAAUGUCUGGGAAAGACUGUAUACUCAUAAUGCCCACUGGUGGUGGGAAAAGUCUGUGUUUCCAGCUGCCAGCUCUUCUCUCUAAAGGUAUCACAUUGGUUGUCUCCCCUUUAGUCUCUUUAAUGGAAGACCAGGUAAUGGCUCUACAAGGCUAUAAGGUUGAUGCUACCAUGUUAAAUGCCAGCUCUGAUAAGGAAACUAUAAAAAGAGUCCAGGAGGCCAUGAUCGAUCACAAUGCCACUCUGAAACUACUGUAUGUUACACCAGAGAAAUUGUCAAAAAGUAAGAGAUUUAUGGCUCGUCUAGAGAAGAUGUACAAGGUGGGAAGGUUUGCUAGGCUGGUGAUUGAUGAGGUACAUUGCUGUUCACAGUGGGGACAUGACUUUAGACCAGAUUAUAAAUUUUUCGGGGAUCCGAAGCGGGAGUUUCCCGAUGUUCCAAUUCCUUGGCCUUUACAAACCAAAUUUCCCUACUUCGUGCUUGAGGAGUUUUUAAAAAAAUUCUAAAAAAUUUAAAAUUUUUUGCUGUUCAGGGCCCCAUUCAACAGACCAAAAAUUUUCUAUUUUUAGGUACGAGAGAAGCCAUCUGUUCAGAAGGAAGUGAUGGAUGAUAUACAGAAACUGAUCAAUACAAAGUUCAAUAACCAAUCGGGCAUCAUAUAUACCUUCUCAAAGAAAGAGUCAGAAGAUGUUACAUCAGAUCUACAAUCACGAGGUAUAAAAGCUGGUUGUUACCAUGCCGACCUUAGUCCUAAAUAUAGAAGUACAGUGCAUAAAGCUUGGAUAGAUAAUAAAAUACAUGUUGUCGUAGCAACUGUAGCAUUUGGUAUGGGAAUAGAUAAACCCGAUGUAAGAUUUGUUAUACAUCAUUCCCUCAGUAAGUCAAUGGAGAAUCUAUACCAGGAGAGUGGACGAGCAGGACGUGACGAGAAGAAAUCUCACUGUAUUGUUUACUACCGUCUUCAGGACGUGUUCAGACAAAGUGCUAUGGUGAUGGCGGAACAAACCGGACUCAAUAAUCUCUAUGGAAUCAUGUCUUACUGUACAGAUCUUAGCAAAUGUAGGAGAAGCAUGAUAGCAAGAUAUUUUGGCGAGGUUUGGGAGGCAAGUCAGUGUAAGAAGAUGUGUGACCAUUGUAAUUCUGACUACCCUGUUGAGAAGAAAGAUUUGACAGCAUUUUGUGUAAAUGUUCUCAAGAUACUGGACAAUGCUGGAUCAUCUGAAAAUAAAUUAACAGCAAUAAAACUUCUAGAUGCGUGGCAAGGAAAAGGUCCAUCUGUAAACAGAAUCAAGGGAACUGAGACAGGGACAGACCGCGAGAAGUUGGAGCGUAUCCUGGCCUUCAUGUUGAACAAACAAUAUAUCAGAGAGGACUUUCACUUUACACCUUACUCCACAAUCAGCUAUCUUGUUCCAGGUCCUAACGCAGGCUUGAUCAGAAAUCGGACACAGAAAGUUUUUAUAGAUAUGAGAGGAAGAAGAAUCUCUGAUAGUGGAUCUCCGUCACUUUCAAAGGUCAAAGGUCACCAAUAUAGUGAGUCUUCAAGUUCAAAGGUCAAGGACAGUAUACCAAAACUGGUGAUUGUAAACAGAGAAAAUUCAGUGUUCACAAAACAAAAACACGGACAUUUGGAUAGUGAAACUUGUGAAAAUGAUGAAAAGGGUAAACAAAAAUUGGGAAAAAGAAAUAGUUUGAAACAAGCGAAAAAGAGGAGAAUUGUGAUAAGCAGUGAUAGUGAGUGUGAUGACCUUGACUUUGGCAAUGGAGAUAGUAGUUCAACUUCAAAGAAGUUCAAAUCAUCAGCAAAGGGAGAUAAAUCUGUGGGGAAAAUAAAUCCUAAAAAUGGAGACAAAAUGUGUUCACCAGUAGGUAAUGGUAUGACCCCAUCAACUAGUUUAACAAACUCUGCUAGUACAUCAGUUUUGAUAGACUCAGAUAGUGAUAAUGAAGAUUUUGUUAUGUAAUCUUUCAGAUUAUUGUUAUUGUCAUAACAUUGUUGUCAUGUAUAAAAAAAUAAAAAGAAAAA